ACCAUGGCCGCCUCCCCGCCGUCAGACAUGAGCAUGGAAAACACAGAUGAAGAAAUGAGCUCUGUAGUGGAAACUGAAGAGUGUUCUGUGACAGAAAAUGGUGACAAACCUGGAGAAAACGACCCGACCAUAACUGAACCACAAACGGAUGACCCGUUUAAGAAACCAGCUCUUUUCGCUGCACCUUCUGUGGCCAGCAAACGCAGUAACGUCGCUUCUUCGUCUAAACCAAAGACGGACGAAACAAUAAGCGUGAAGGAAAACAACGAAGUCGAAAAUGUUGAAACUACCAGUGACACUUUACCACAGCCUCCUAAUGAAAAUUUACCCGUGGGGAAACGCCAAGAAGAGGACAACGGGGGCGAAAAGGACAAUUGUAUCUCUACUGUCAAAAACAAGCCUGACGCUAAACCCAGGGUGCUUCCCAAAGGACCCAUAGCUGGAAAUUUUCCCCCUCUACCAUACACAGAGCCACCGUGGGGUGGCCGGGCUUCAGAUAUUCCUUACUCGCUUGAAAUACUCAAAAAUGGCACCAUAGUGGACACGGUGCCUCUGACCCAUAACAGUUUCUUCGUGGUCGGACGUUUACCCGUGUGUGAUGUGUCUCUGGAGCACCCGUCCAUCUCCAGGUACCACGCCGUGAUCCAGUACCGUGGGCAGGCCGGAGAGGAGGAGUGUGUCGGGGAGGAGAAGGGCUUUUACGUCCAUGACCUGGGCAGCACACACGGUACCGUGGUUAACAAGAACAAGAUUCCACCUAAGACUUACAUCAGACUCCGCGUGGGUCACGUUUUGAAGUUUGGUGGGAGCACGAGACUUUUUAUCCUGCAGGGUCCAGAGUUUGAUGAGGAGGAGGAGUCAGAUUUAACCGUGACGGAGCUGAGGGAGCGCACCCGCAAACAGAAAGAUUUGCUGGAGAAAAGGAUGAUGGGAGAUGGUUCAGAUGAUGAUGACUUGGAGGAGAAAGAGGAGAAGGAUGAAGGGGAAAAGAAGCACCAGGGCAAACCAUCCAAAGAAGAUUCAGGCUGUUCCUGGGGAAUGGAUGAGGAAGUUGUUCCAGAGGAAGAUGAGAAUGAGGAAAACCCAUUCUCGACAGAGUUCCAGGAGGAUCAAGAGGCUGCAUACCUGAAAGACCCCAAGAAGGCUUUGCAGGGCUUCUAUGACAGGGAAGGUGAAGAGCUGGAGUUUGAGUAUGAAGACAAGAGUCAUGGCAUGUGGCUUUGCAGAAUAAAACUGCCAGUGGAUGACGCCUUGGGCCGACAACUAGUUGCUGAGGUGACCCACACAGGGAAGAAGAAAGACACAGCCGUCCAGUGCUGCCUGGAGGCUUGCAGAAUGUUGGAAGCCAGAGGGCUGCUGCGGCAGGAAGCAGUUUCCCGCAAACGCAAGAAGAAGAACUGGGAAGACGAGGACUACUACGACAGUGAUGAUGACACCUUCCUGGAUCGAACAGGCACCGUGGAGAGGAAGAGGCAGGAGCGAAUGAAAAAGGCUGGAAAGAUUUCGGAGCGGCCUGAGACCUAUGAGUCAUUGGUGGCCAAACUGUCCGAGGUGGAGAAGGAGCUGGAAGAAACCCAGAAAAAGCUAAAUGCUGGAAGGGGAGACUCUUCUGGCUCUUCUAAGGAGGACUCGCUGGAUGCCUUUAUGACCGCAGUGAAAAGCGAGGCGGCGAUGGACGCAGUGGAGCGCAGGAGGCUUCACGUCCACGUCGCCGACUUGCGCAAAGACGCCCAGCGACUCCGCAAGCUGGUGGAGCUCACGCGGCCCGCGCAGAUGCCAUCGCUUCUACCGAGUGGCUCGGAGGCCGAGAAGCCGAAGAAGACCUUACCACUGUUUGGAGCCAUGAAGGGAGGAAGCAAAUUCAAACUGAAGACCGGUACCAUCGGGAAGUUGCCUCCUAAGCGGCCCAACCUGCCCGCGGAGCUCUUCAACAUGAAAGAAGUUCCACCUGGCGAAGAAGAAGAGGAAGAGGAGGAAGAAAGAGACGAAGAGGCAGAGGAAAACGAGGAUAAAGACGAUCUGCUGUGUCCAAGCUCCCAGGCGUCCAAUGAUGAAGAGUCUAGUGCAGCUAAGUGUGAAGAGAGCACGUCGUCCAAGCAGCAAAGAGAGGAAGGACAGUCCAGUGAGAGGAAAGCGCACAGCCACAAAUCCAGAAAAGGUGGAGACUGUGCUAAAGCGGUGGAACAAGAACCUGAACACCAGAGCAACAAGGCUACAGUCACAUCCAGUCUAAAGUCCAAAGCAGCUGAGCCCAGUCCCAAAAACAAGAAGAGAGUGAUGGGUCCCAGCAAGCCACCAGCGCAGCUCUCAGGACAGUAUCCAGAGGACGACCCUGAUUAUUCUGUGUGGCUUCCUCCGACAGGUCAGAGUGGAGACGGACGCACGCACCUCAAUGACAAGUACGGCUACUGAGGGGGGAAAACACGCGGAGGCUCUUCAGUCUUCUCUUCACUUUUAUACCUGGAACACGGAGCCCGUGUCUCUCCUUCAGCUCCGUGGUUCCAGUCCCUCUUGAGUGUAGAUCACCUGAGAAGAGCCUGGAGCUCCAGAGAUAAAACUGUUGUGAUAUUUGCUUUAGCAGACUGUAAUAAACAAAAUAAGCCCAUUUUUGUGAUUCACACUAAAGCAGCCCUCACAGCCCUGGCUCUCUCUGUGUGGUCACCCUGCUCGCACUUGACUAAGAGAUUAUUGUCGCACCUGAUUUAUGUCCCUUUUUUUUUUUUUUUUUUUUUUUAAUAAAGCAAAACAACAAUCCAAAAAAAAGGCCUGAAUUUGGUAUAAUCCAGGAGAGAGUGGAAGGUUACAGAGCAGGACAUUCAGUUUUAUGGUCUUUGUCUGCUCCCUCUUGCAUUUGAAUCCACCUGACAUCCAAUCUGUGUCCCUCCUCUGUUUGGCCUCAGUCAAUUGCUGGCAUAACCUUUUUUUUUCUCCAAAGGAGAGCAUGUAGCAGGGAGAGAGAAAGAGGGAGAGCAGCUUUUCUGACCAUCUGGACUCUUGGAUGGAUUACUGGAUGAAAUGCAAGCUGAUAAUGACUCAAGCUAAGUGGAGUGUGUGUGUGUGUUUUACACUAACACACACAAACCCUCUCAAAGUUCUCUUUUUAACGCGAUUGUCUUCAUGAGGGAGCCAGCUCUUGGUGUGUUUGCCUGUGUAGGAUAUACUUUGCUCAGUUAAAUCUGACUCGACGCUGUUCUCUUGCUUGGCUUCCAUACUGUCCGCUUUAUUUCCCCGUGUCUCUUAAAGUAAAAGUGUAUUUUGUUAUAUAAGUGUACAAUAAAAAAUGUCUGUAAAUAUGA